GUCUCGACGUUUGACGUCGAAAGUUCAACAAUCGACAAAACCUACUUACAAAUGUAAUAGAAAAUCAACAACUGAGUUGAAUUCAGAUUACGAAAGACGAAUGUAAAGUUGAUAGAUUUUUCACCAAACAGCGAUCGUAAUUUGUCAGCUAUUGGCGAGCGACAAGGCGAAACUGACAGUUUGUUGAGUUUUGCCACUUUGACAGAUCACACCGUAACCUCAACAAAUAAACGGCGUUAUUUCUUGACGGUCCAUUAAACCAAGGCUUGCGUUAUGAAGCAGCAAGGUGUAGACACGAAAACAAACCUUCCUGAUACCGGGGAAGCGGACGAGUGUCUGUUCGAAUAUUUGCAUGCCGAAAUGGUGAAUUACGUACUGAGCACAAAAGCAAAUGGCAAGGAAGGCGAAGAAGAGCUUUCGCCUCUAGAGUGGAUGGGAUUCGGUGUGGGAUAUCGAAUCAUGGAACGUUUAACCAGGGAAUGGGCACGUUUCAAAGAUGAGUUGGACACAAUUAAGUUCAUAUGCAUGGAUCUUUGGUCAAGCCUGUAUCGCAAACAGAUUGAUAAUUUGCGAACAAACCAUCAGGGAGUAUACGUACUGCAUGACAAUGCAUUCCGUUUAUUAACCAACAUCGGUGCUCCCGAUAGCACGCAGUACUUGCGCGAGGCUCCACGGCUUUUGGCUUUUACCUGCGGUCUACUUCGUGGCAGCCUUGCGAACCUUGGAAUAGUUAGUACGGUCACGGCAGAAAUAUCUACAUUACCGAGUUGCAAAUUUCACGUACAGGUACAGAGAGUUUAAGACAAUGUAAAUAAUUAUAUAAGUAUAUGUAAAUUUAGUAACUUUAUUGAAAAUCUAUAAACAUUAUAUUAUUUGUAUAAAUGACUAUGAUUAUGAAUUGAUAGAUAUAAUAGACAUACUGCAACGAAUACUGCAGAACAAUACACAUACCUAAUUUCGGUAAAAGAAAUCGAUAUGUGCAUGGUCGUAAUGUUCCCAUCUACUCCAGGUUACAUAUAAAUCGUGUAAAUGCAACGCAGAUGUAGAAAAAAAGAUGAAAUUCGAUUUACCAUUCGAGUUAUUUAAUCUUAAUAAUUUGUCAUAAAAUAUUGGUCCAAUGCAUCGCAGUGCAAAUAGUAUUUUCAAAUAUAAAAUGUCAUAUCGCAUGGACUGACAAAUAACUAUACCACACUUAAAAACGUAUACAUGAUCAGUCUCAUGUUUUAUUCGAUUACAUAAUAAUGCACACAGUUCAAGAGUAGAAGUGUAUAAAAAUCUAACAAUUUCCAG